GGGUGUAUGUAGACCUGCCUUAGACUAAAUUAGGAUGUCUCUUCUAAUACUGAAACUACUUCUGAUCUCGAUAUUUGCCGGUUGGUUAUCGAUUUGGGUUCUUAAGCCGACUGAAUUCUGGACACAGAAAUGGAAGGCGGCAGAAGAAAAGGCGAAUGCUUCUUCGAUAUUUCGAUAUAAUGGUCUUGAUUUUGUUGUGUACGCAUUUCCGUUGAUUGCUUUGGCGAUAAUCGGGUAUAUAUACUUGGAACUAAAACAAACAGAGAGGAUAAACAGACGGGGAAGAAGAAAUGCACUCACUUGUUUCUCGAGUCGAAUUUACGUGAACGGUUACUUAGGUGUUCUGUCUGGAGCACAGAUUCUUGCUUCGUCUCUGUUUAUCGUCUUUCUCGUUUGGACAUUCUACGCCCGUGUGUCUGCUGACUUCAAGAAGAUGACACCUGGCAAAACAUUCAAACUUAGUCCAUGGCAAUACAAGUUCUUCAGAAUGGCCACGCGAUGCGGUUUAUUAUCGGAAGUUUGUCUAGCACUUCUUCUUCUGCCUGUCCUAAGAGGAAUGUCCAUAUUUCGUUUACUCAAAAUCGAAUUCGAAGCUUCCGUAAUGUACCAUAUUUGUCUCGGAAAUGCAAUGAUAUUUUUCGCCACCCUACACGGGGCAGGCACAUUCUUCAUCUGGGGUAUCAAACACAGAAUCCAAGACGAGAUGUGGAAGUGGCAGAAGAAAGGAAGAAUAUACCUCGCGGGAGAAAUCGCGCUUAUUACAGCGCUAAUCAUUUGGACGACGUCACUUCCGCAGAUUCGAAGGAAAUGGUUUCGGGUGUUUUAUUACACGCACCACCUGUACAUAGUCUUCCUCGUAUUCUUCUUGUUCCAUGGUGGGGACCGCCAUUUUUACAUAAUUUUCCCGGGAUUUUUUCUAUUUGCUCUCGAUAAACUGCUCCGUAUAUUACAGUCGAGAACAGAAACAUGCGUUAUUUCUGCUCGUGUAUUCCCAUGCAGAGCUGUGGAGCUGACUCUGCCCAAAGAUCCGAGAUUGAAGUAUACACCGACGAGUGUGAUAUUUCUGAAAAUACCGAGUAUUUCGAGGUUUCAGUGGCAUCCGUUUAGUAUAACUUCUAGCUCAAGCAUUGAUGAGGACACUAUCUCAGUCAUUAUAAAGAGUGAAGGUCAAUGGACAAGUGCCCUCUAUAACAAGAUCAACAGUCAAACCGAUUCGGAAACCGAUCGGAAGGUGUGUAUUCAAAUUGCUACGGAAGGUCCAUACGGGCCCGCCUCGCUGGAUUUUUUAAGGUACGACAAUCUGCUCCUUGUUGCAGGAGGAAUCGGAAUAACCCCAUUUCUGAGUAUCUUACGAGAAAUAAGCUCGAAUUCGAGCAAUGGCAGAAACAGAUAUCCAAAGAGAAUACAGCUUAUAUACACAAUAAAGCAGUCACAAGACAUUUGCCUGCUCGAUCCAAUCCUUCCUCAGCUAACGAAUAUCGAGACUUUUCAUAUAAAACUCAAAGUAUUCGUCACCCGAGAAAAUCAAAUCGGUGCAACACUAAGAGAAGUACUCAACGAAAUUCCCGAGACACGAAUAACGAAUUUCACCACUGCACAUACAAGUUAUGCAAUAUACGGGUCCGAAAGAUUACUAUGGUUGGCGGCUAUUACUAUGGUUUCUUCGAUCAAAUUUCUACUCUCGCUCGUUUUUCUCAACCAUUUCAUAGUUUCACCGGCGACGAAACCCUCGGCACAAAAGAGUUCAUCUUCACUAGUAGAUUUCCUUCUAAUGUGUUCUUUCGCCAUGGCUACCUUAUCCAGCGCUUUAAUGGCUGUUAUAAUAAGGUGGCGAAAGCUAAAGAACGGGCUUCGGUUAUACUCCGAUAAACAAAGCAGAGAUAUGAAACAAAGCUCAGUUGAAGCAAGUAGAGAUCUCGACGAACACGAGAUUCGUUUUGGAGGAAGACCAAACUUUCGAGAUAUAUUCGCUAAGUUCGCAAGUAACAGUGGGGGAUCGGAUAUAGGGGUUUUGGUGUGUGGGCCCCAGACGAUGAAAGAGUCGGUGGCUUCAGCAUGCAGAGAAGCGACGGUCUUGCAAAAGAAUGCUAAGGGAAAAAACCCGCAUUUCUAUUUUCACUCCCUAAACUUUACGCUCUAGAAUACGUCGCAACGUAUUUAGAUCCUACUGAUGUUGUGUAAGAAUCUAUGUGUAUUCGUAUGUAAUGUAACGUAACAUAUUUCAGACAGAAUUUCAAGAAAAUGUCGAGUCCCUUCUCUGUUACAUAAGACAACUUCGUCGUGGUUUCAAAUUCGUAAGGAAUUUUAGCAAU